AGCGAGUUUGAUGCGCUGAGCCUUGCAGUAAACUCGUCAUCUGGUGUAAAUAAUGUUGCCAUAAGGUUGAAGAAUUUCACCAUCACAAACGAUACAAACUUAGUCAACCAAGGUGGGACUUACGUGAUUAAACUAAUUCUUAUUUAAAAUAAGUUGUUGCAUGACUUGUUGUCUCAGCCCGCUAAAUCACCAGAUGAAACGGUCAGUGGUUUAGUCCUGUAGAAGAUAUGUAAGCACGUGACGGUCUACAUCUAUUUAAUUACUCUUCAACGUCUUACACAUCAAGAAGAGUUAUUUUACGGAGAAGAGUUACUUUACACAUCAAGAAGAGUGCUGAUUCAUAAGAUAGAACUAGAAAAUGGUUGGGGUAUCAGGCAAUUUACAGGACCAGAUCGUCCCAACCUGUAGAAUGUUUCCACUGGCUACAGAAUUUGAGCCGUAAUCGGAGGAGAAGACAGUGAAUAAAAAGAGCGUUCCGAUUCCGCUUGCGCUGGACCCCUUUGCUCACGUAUUAGUGAAAUGGCGGAGUUGCGGGAUUAGCGCGUAAGUAAUAAGUUACCAAGCGUAAAAUAAAGUGAAGAAAUGACAAUUGUGAUUAGUUUAUCAGCAUCGUCCGCUUCUGCUUCUCGUUCGACUCUGAGAUUCAAGAGAGGAACUUGGACUUCAAUUUUUUAGUCGCAAGUGGAGUCAUGGAGUCAUAACAACGGCCAAGUCGGAAAAAAUGGAAACGUUUUUGUCUUACAAGCAUUUUUGUGGUUCUGAUUUUAUCGAUGGGUAAAAGAAUAACCUAUUAAAUGUAUCAGUCCCAAUGUGAUGUGGGUACUGUUUGUUGUUCUCCAUCUUUGUGACCUUAACUUCCUACAUCAUUCUAUUUUCAGCAUCUCUUCUUCAUCAACUAGACGUCCUUUCUGUUAUCGAGGGAAGCCAUACUAAGAUUUCAACAUGCGCCCUCUCUACAAUAACCGGCAUUCCACUCAUUCGUCUCCAUGGAGACAGCAACCCACCCGGUCAAUGUGAAAACGCGGUACAGUUGUCAGCGGGAUACAAAGCCUAUGCACAUGCUUCACUUGAUAUACUUAACACGUUCCAGUGGAAAAAGAUCUCUUUAGUAUAUCAAGGUAAAGGAAUAUAUUAAUUAGAAUAAUCAUGAAUUGCUGCUACGCCUAUCUAUAUAUUUCAAAGUCCUCUGUACGUUGCUAAUAAUAAUAGGGACUUUGAGAUCUAACGACGCCACGGUAACGAUAAGGUCGCCUAAAAAGUGAAUUUGCGUUCCUUCAGUCUCAAUAGAGAAGAUUCCUCCCUUUUUACUUUGUCAAAUGUAGGCGAACCCUCCUGAAGCUGAAUUUCAAGGGACCAUAUCCAAGCUCAAGCUCGUUGCCGUCCGCGUCGUUGGAUCUUAAAGUCCCUAAUUGCGUCCGAAGGAUGCAUUCCUCUGCGCUCCCACUGUUAGCCUCCCCGCAGAUUUUUCAGGGGCUUUUUCUCGGCCAGCCGAGGAACUGGUAUCUAUGUUUUACCUUGGUUUUAAGGUUUAGCCUCGUUUGCAAAAAAUCACGUGAAUGGUUCAGUGAAACCACUGCCGGACGCACUCCCCUAAUUUUCAGUUAGUACUAGUAACAAGUCAAUUUUGUUUGAAAUCGACAUAGAUUUUACGUUUUAUUGUCAAACUUGGCAAAACCGUGAGCACCUGAUCGAUUGUGUUAUGAAGAUCACAGUAAAGGUCAGGACAUGUGUGCAAGCCAAAAAAAAGCCGAAAACGUGGGUCUCGGAAAAUUUUGGUCCGAUCUCGAAAUCAGAAGCGUUUUUGAUGGGUCUCAAAGUCUCGUUUUCGGGGGAUUUUUGAGUCUCGAAGUCUCGAAUUUUGUCGCCCACGGGUCUCGGGGUCUCGUAUUUGUCGUUUUUUUCUUUCCGCUUGGUCCUCAAGAGUCGAGAUUUUCAGAGUUCAUGGGUUAAUACAGCUUAAUAUCAAACUGAGGUAGAAAGUCUGAAACAAGAGAAGUGAUUAGUAUAUUGAUGGGCUUCCACUAGAUUCCAUUGGCGUUUAGGGUCAAUUUAUUUUUUAGCUUUAUUUGUACCAUUAUCUUGAAAUUUUCGGCAUUUAGUCCCAGGCUCGAGAUUGAUAAAAACGUUCAAGUUUUGAAACCAGGGUCUCUAGAAAUUUCGCAAAGUCUCUAAUUUAAAGCUAAAAAUUUAAAAUUUCUUUCCUCCAACAUUUUCCAUAGGUGUCUGUAAAAUAGAAGGAGAUGUCAUUCUAGUCCGUUUCGGAGGGGAAUGUUUUUUUCGCAAAUUUAAAUACCAAGAUACUGCGACUAUUGUUAAAAAAGGUCUCUUUAAAGCUUUGGUAUAACGACAAAACGUCCCUUCAAUUUUCUGAUGAAAGCAAGGCUACUCAGUCAUGUUCUCAAACUUUCGACCGGACCCAUAAGGGUAGCUAAAACUUUCGGAUGCGAUGAAAAAGCCACCUAGGGCUACCAAAGUUUCCGUAAGACAUCCGAACACAUAAAUAGUUUUUAGGGCAACUCCAAAUUAACCAAACACUGGCUUCUAUAGCACAGAGAAAACCAUUUGAGACACUUCUGGCGUAUUUGGAAACAUUCGCUCGUUAGGUGCCCCUGACCCAACAAGGGCCUCUUGGGUUGAACUUUCCAUGUCAUACUAUUCAAACUAAGUGCCCAGUAUUCAAUAGGCAAUGCUCGGCCAGCCAGUUUCGUAUGGAGAGUAGAAUUCGGUCACCAUGCAUAGUUACCUACGGUCAAUCUUUGCUGGUUACUCAAUCCUUGGCCGACUUGAAAAACUUAGAAGCAAUGGCUUUGAAAACUAGUCUUUUUGGUAAUAUAUUUGCGUUCCAAAAUUCUUAAAUCCAUUGACAGUCUCCGUUUUUAUUCGUUUUUAAUAUAAUAGUGUUUCUUUCUUCCGCGAUGAUCUUUCUUUCAGAGAACCGUUUGCACGAAGCUGGAUACUUUUAUGCCAUAUCCCAGAGCUCGAAGCUCACGGUUGGAUUUGUGCAGAUUCCGGGGAAAGGGCAAGUAUCAACAGCGAUUGAAAAACUUGGCAGUUUUGAACCUGACAUGAUAUUAUUGUACGCUGACCAAGAGUACACUGAACUACUCAUGCAACAGGUGAUCAUUAAGGAUGUUUAUUUUCACAGAUAGCUGCACUUGUCAUCCAUUCAGUGGUUUUCUGCCUGUUCUUGCAGUUUUUAGGCAAUGUUUCGGAUGUUUUCUCUUGGAAUACCAAAUCAGCCGAGUCCCUUUUUCUGUUGACAUCAAUACGAAUGACGUUAACUUUCCUGUUAUAAGCAUUUCGUGAAUCAUAAGCUGCAGUUCAUUUCCCAUGACAUUUCCAAGACUAAUGAGAGCUCGAGAGUGGUGAAUUUUCACGACAUAUGUUUAUUAUUUCACGUGACCGUCAAAUAACUGUCUACAAAUAAUGGUCUGCUCAUGCGCAAUGUAGUCCAACUUUGUUUGGCUACAAAUAAUAUUUUGCUCAUGCGCAAAUGAAACCACGCUUCCCGAAGCUUUCCGAAGCAAAAAUAUCGUAGAUCAAUCGAUCUACUCGCCACUGACGAGUCACGAUAUUUUGCUCAACCUCGUUCAAUAAUUGCCAAUAGUUUAUUCAUUUACCCACGUAACACUAAGGACCUUUGAUUCUCAUUUUGUUCACUUUUCCAACAGAAACCCUGCGGCAAUAAAAACGAAUUUAAUUGGAUUCUUCAAGGAGAGGUAGACAUACAUAAUUUUGUAUUCAUUUUCUACUUAGAAAAAUUCAAAGUAUUUUUUGUUGUUGUUGCCCGUUUUAGCGUAGCCAAAGACCAGCUUGACCAGUGGUAGAGCGCUUAACUGAGCACCGAAAGUUGUGUUUCAGUUCUUAACUCCGAUUAAUUCCAUAAACCUUGUGUUAAUAGUUAUGGAAAGAAAACAAAAUAAAUCACAACUAGUAUUUGUAAAAUGUUGUAAAAUUGGACCGAACUAAACGCAAAAAAUGGGCGUGACAAGUCACUUGACAAAGAUAGCUCAUUAGUGACAGCGGAUAGAAACAUUUCUUUAAGAAGUAUUUCCUGCAUGCAAAGUUUCAAGUCGAAAAGUUAAAUCUCCUUUAAACCAGACCACGCGCUUACAAAUUUCAAGAGACCCAUUCCUUAACUCACCAAAGCACACCUAAAUCUUUUUAUAGGUGACCGUUAUAACAUUCGGUACACUGACGGAAAAUAAUGCCAAGAGCCUGCUGCUACAGCAUCGCUAAGAUAGUUUAAUGCUUUCUUCAUUGUUAAGAAACGCCACAGAACAUUGUAUAAGGCAGUUCCUAGGGUCAGCCUUACGUUUAUUGCCGCCAAAUUAUACAACCGCCUACUUCUCAAUAGUACCCGUCAGCUAAUAGAAGACACAGAUCUUACGGCACAACCAGGCUGGAUUUCGUGGAGGACGAGGUUGCGUUGAGCAGAUACAUAUUCUUCGUUGUGUCAUCGACGGCUCAGAAGUGUUCAACCUCCCUCUUGUCCUCGUCAUCGUGGAUUUCAAGAAAGCCUUUUAUAGCAUUAGCAGGAGUAAUAAAAAUGCUGCAGAUCCUUCGCUCUUUUGGUAUCCCGAAAAAGAUAGUCAGUGCAAUUGGAUUACUUUACAACAAAACUAAGAGUCCCGUUCUGGUUGGUGACAGUGUCUCUAAAUCAUUUGAUGUCAACAUUGAUGUACUUCAAGGCGACACUUUAUAACCCUUCCUAUUUGUAAUCGUUCUGGAUUGGGUUAUGCGCCAGGCUACCGUUGCUAAUUCUAGGUUCGUAGUGAUUCCUAGACAGUCACGAAGGCAACCAGAAUAUAAGCUGAGUGAUCUUGGUUAUGCAGAUGACAUUGCUAUACUACUAUCAAGUAUAAGAUACGCUCAAAAAUUUUUCGAUCCACUUGUCUUAGCUGCUUUAGAUGUUGGCCUCCAUGUCAAUGCCACAAAAUUCUCAGUCAUCCAAGGUCACUUCCCUGCGAGUUAACAACAUCGACUUUAACUUCGUAGAUGAUUUUAAAUACCCAGUAGGUUCUUAUAUUGCUACCACUGAGAACGAUGUCAAGAAAAGACAAGGUCAGGAAUGGGAUGCCUUUUGGAGAUAAGAGGGUAUUUUAAAGUCUAACCUGCCAAUCGGCUAUCAAGGUUAGCCUUUACAAGUGUACCGUUCUGAGUGUUUUUCGACUUUAUGGGUCGGAGACGUGGACUCUAGCUAACCCCUGUCAUCUGAGGUCAAAGGACAGCAGCUCCGCUUCCUUCGCCACUCAUUUCGCAGCGACAAGGAGGAUCGUGUGAACAGAUCGAUUCGCCCUGUAUGCACCAUCUGAAGGGAGACGAAGUGUUGGCGGCCAGAAACUUUUGUUUUUACAAUACAUCUCAAGGGUCAUUGAGGGAGGCUCCGUAAAACCGACGGAACAUGCUGCUGAGACCGAGACUACUGGAGUCAUCUGGUUGCCGCCUGCCGGGUCAACCGGUUUCACCCACAGACGAAACCUUAUACAGCUAUUUCUAGAAAGGUUGUGGGGAAAAAAAUGUGCACGCGACAAUCCCGAAAGGUAAAAUGGGAUAUGAACAAUACACUACUUUUUCCGAUAAACUUUGCCGAAAUAGCUGUAUAUAAGGUACAGAAGAGAACAGAUAAACAUUACUUCAAAAAUUCUCCUUAAAUUUCCCUCGAAAUACCAGUUGUAGCGUUGCCAAAAGAUUCCAAGGAUACACCAAUAAAAUCCACCAUUCGGGUCGUUAAUAGAACAAAAUGAUAGUCGAUCAGAAAAAUAAUUGAAAAAUAAAUAAAAAAUAAAAAUUCACCCCCGGUGGGACUCGAACCCACAACCUUUGAAUUAGAAGUCCAACACGCUAAUCCAUUGCGCCACGGGGGCGGCACAUACACGGAGAUAUAUUUUUCUUUCUUUAUUAUACAGUUUUCAUUUUCUUUGAUGGAAAAAAAAAAAUAAAAUAAAUGAAAUAAGUUUAUCCUUUGUUUUGCGUUUGCUAUUCAUGGUUGGUUUGUGUACGGACCAAAUGGUGGUACCUGUUAUAUGAGAAAUAACAUUUCUUAGAGUCAGGGACCUUUACUUUGUAAACAUGCUUUCAAUGGUUUUUCUACUUCCAGGUCCCUAUGAACUUAACCGCUCGCGAUAACAGUGUGGUGUUAGGAAUGAAACUUCCUCUCCGAGAGGGCUCAGAUUUAAACACAAUCAAAGCAGCAUUUGGAAGUCAAUAUAACAAUUCUCACAAGGUAUGUCCUUAAGCUUGAAGCAUCACCAGGAUAGAACUAUAUUAUCUCGGUAAGUCUUGAAGGUGUAUAUUUUCAGCACUUGGACAAAGCAAAUUUUGGACAAACGGAUAUUCAAAGGAUCACCCUCUCUUGUCGUCAUGCCAUCGUUCAUUGAUCUACGACUCAACAAACUCACCUGGGCACUACCUUAUAAAUCCAAAACGAAUAUUCUGAGUGUCGAACAGGGUGCGGUUUUCAUGGUGCUGUGCCUUAAACAGGGUAUUCAAUUUCACUGUUUACCUUCCUUAAUAGAAAGAGGAAACACAAGGUUUUUGUCUUAAACAGGGUCAGUAUUUGAAGGCCUCUACGGCACACCUGGCUCUACCCUCGAGUGCCUCCGAGGGUAAACUGCACACUCAGUACUUUGUUACUUGGCGUUAAUGACAUGAGCACUUCCUAAGCAAAAAAACUCAGCCAUCUUUUCACCUAUAUAUAUUUUUUGAAUUCACAGGAUGCGAUAGCAUUGGCCUAUGAUGCGGGUAAAGUUAUCAGCAAAGCAGUCAACUCAGCUUCAUGUUCUUCAAUCAAUGGGUCUGCUGUCACUUCUCAAGACACAGAUGCGAUAUUAAAUUGCAUAAAACAGGUGAAAGCCAAGAGUCAGUUUUGCCAAUGGCCAAUUCUGUUAAGCUGACUGUAAAAUCCGGAAUGAAAGUUCUACUAACAGGGAAUCCGGAAUCCAAUACCAGAAUCGAAGACUGUCUUUGGUUCCUUUACAUGGGACGUUCCCUUGGAGAGGACCCGUGGCCUAUAAGCAGACCCCCAAAUACUCUAUUGUUCCCACGUACAUAACUAGCCUCUUACCGACGAUUAGCCACUCACAUUUGAAAAAGAAAAGAAAAAAAGGAUUUUAGAGGAUUAGAAGGGAUGUAAUUAAACGUACGUUUCCAUCAACAGGUCAACAUUGACGGUGUUACAGGUUCCAUUAGGCUGGACAAGGACGGAAUGAGAACUGAUCAGGUUGAACUCGAAAUCCUGAAUCUUCGCAACAAUUCCUUUAUAACAGUAAGUUGCGCAGUAAUUUUAUGGCCUCUUAGAGUCCACGUAACUCUGUAUUCACUUCAUUAAAGAGUAAAGCUCUUGAAAACCACUCGUUAAUGUAAUAAUUUUUUUGGCCUUUGUCUUCAGAUUGGGACUUGGAAUGCAUCGAAGCUCGCAGUACUUUCAACAAACAUUUUACGAAAUGCGGAGAGUGCGCCAUCUGGAAUAACUUUAGCGGGGAGGAAGCUCAAGACUGUAGUUAUACUUGUAAUGACAAUGACCACAUUUUUUUUCUCCUUCAGUUUUCCAUUUGUUAUAUUAUUUUUAAGUAUUUUUAACUUAGAUAUACUUAAGCAUCGAUUAUUACUCAACGACUUGUUUCUUGAUGUCCAUUCAGUCUUCCUUUUCUGAAACGCAGCCACUUAUAUUCACUCCAUAUCCUUCUGUUACUGGAGUAGUCGACAAGUGUAAUAGCAAUCGUAAACAACUCAAACUCGUUCAAUUUUCUUUAUGUUGGUGUCCUUUUCGUCAUAAAAACAGGAUCCACCGUUCGUGAUGCACGACGAGCAAGAGGAUGGUAUCAUGAAGUACAAAGGAUACUGUAUUGAUCUGAUGAAUGAGCUACAAAAACUUCUUCAUUUCUCCUACGAGAUCUACGAGGUCCCAGAUGGGAAGUAUGGGGGUCUGACAGAUAAUGGAACAUGGAACGGAAUGGUUGGCGAACUUGUCAGAGGGGUUCGUGAUAUGUGGCAUUUUUGUCUUGGCUUAUUUGUGAUGUUCCAUUUUGAUUGGGUUUGUGAUAUCCCUUGUUUGGUUUCGAGACAGGAUAGGAAGAAAAAAAGGGGAUCGAGUGAUGCUGAAAGGGAGUUUUUUUUUUUCCAAAGUGUCACUUUAUUUUCUGGUCCCAGUUGUUCAAACUGGAUAGCCCAAACCGAUGGAUAAAUCCCUCUCCAGUCGAUGGUGCAAUUGGUUUCCCAAAUACUUAUCCGCUGGAUAGUGAAUAUUUAGUGGAUAGCGCUAUCCAAGUUUUUAACAACCUCGGCCUGACGUUUUCUUCGUUAUAUAUUCCCUCGUUCGAUCUGUCUAGCAUCAAUUUUGUCAGUUAAUAUUGCGAGAUUUAAAACCAUGUUCUACAACAAAGCGUCAGAUUCAAAUAAAAAAAGGCAAUUUCUCGAAUUAGGUGUAACAAUUAUUGUUAUGGAUUAACCUGACAUGAAAAAUCUCGUUGUUCUGUUAGAAAUAUUAAACGGCAAAAUGUCAGUCAGAGGAAAACUUGGUCACGUGGUACAAACUGGUGUUUGGUGCUUGCCGUAAACGGGAUUCUAAAUCUCUCUAAUUUACCAUUUUUUUCCAGUUCACUGGUGUGUAGUUAGCAAUAUUAAAGAUUCCCAUCCAUCCCAUCAGUUGUAUUGCGCCACUUCCCAUCCCCCUGUGCGCAUCUUCUACGCGCAUCCCUCGUUAACAUUUAAUUAGGAGACAAAAGAGACGACUUGGGACGAGUCAGAAUAUAUAAUUUAUUUAUUCCUAUUUUGUUUAUCCAAUUGUACUAUAGGCAAUAAAAUGAUCAUUACGACGACUUAAAGCCCCGUGCAAACGGACGCAACAUUGUUGGAUGUUACAUGUUGCGUCCGUUUACACACCCUGUUGCAUGCUCUUGGAUGUUGUUGCGUGUUGUUGCGCAGAGUUUGAAACCGGUCAAACUUUUCAGCCAACAACUCCCAACAUUUCUUUUUUUUCUCUGAUCGCCGAAGCGUAGCGCAACAAUGUUGGAUCCGUUUCUCCCAACAUUGUAGGGGCCACGCACGCUCAUUACGCAUGGAUUACAAAGACCUAAGGGUUGUAUUCUUCCCCCGAUGCACUGCAGGUCCCAAACUUGUUGGGAGUUGUUGCACCCGUUUGCACACCACUGCCAACACAGCACGCAACAACUCCUAACAUUGUUGGCGCAACAAUGUUGGGAGUUGUUGCACCCGUUUGCACACCACUGCCAACACAGCACGCAACAACUCCUAACAUUGUUGGCGCAACAAUAUUGGGAGUUGUUGCGCCCGUUUGCACGCAGCCUAAAUGAGGGAUAGGGGAACGUUCCUGUUACGUUCUUCUUCUAAUGAACCUACCCGAGGGUUGGAUCCAAACAAAAUUUUAAAUAAACAAAAUAGGAGAUUUAUUACAUAAAUGACAUGAUAUUAAAUAACUGAAAUUAUGUUUCCAAAGAACGCAGACGUUGCCGUUGCCCCUCUGACAGUGACUGAAAGCCGAGAAAAGGUUGUCGACUUCAUGAUACCAUAUAUGUACUACACGGAGGACAUGCUAAUCAAGAAAGAAAAAAACGAGGAGAAAGUGGAUUAUUUACAGUUUAUGAACCCGUUCGAGAACAAUGUUUGGUUUUGCACGCUGGCUACGAUCGUCGUCAUCUCUGUUGCUGUGUAUGUUGUGAACUAUUUCAGCCCUUAUGGAUACAAAAAUGAAAAUAACGAAGGGACAUCCGAAGAGUUUACAUACUUCAACAGUCUCUGGUUCUCAGUGGCUUGUAUGCUACAACAGGGGGGUGAUAAUACUCCGAGGAGCUUGUCAGGUAAAUAAGUUUUGUUCAGGCCAACUCCAGAUGCACAUUGUGGUUGGGGAGGGGAUAAGAAUUGUAAGAGCCGAUAAAUUUUACUCAGAAAACGGCGAGAGUCAGUUGCAUCUUCUGUUAUUGAGAUGUAAAGAUAGUUUACCUUUCAGGCAAUGAGGCAUUUUUCGAACGUCUUAAAUUAAAAGCACAUUUAUUUAUAAGCUGCAAUCAAAGUUCUUUUAACUUUUACAUGUUCUAAGCUCCGAGAUAUUAUAUUUGGGAAAAUCUGAGCUUCCAUCAAAGCAAGAAAGGCGGUCGGUCUUGAACGCUAUUAGAUGAUUAGAAGAUCUAGAUCUUUGCAAUUCUCCACGUUAGAAACGAGAAGAGUACUGGAGCCGAAAUGCGUCCCGCAAUUGUUUCUGGGAUAGUUACUGGGGACGCGCCGGCCAGCUAUUGGCCAAUUUUCUUCUCUGUUCCUAGUAACAGUUCCAGACGCCUUUGCGAAGGUUUACCCGGCCCAAUUUCCAUCUCGUUUUUUGCACGUGAUCAAGUAUCUCCCUUCAUUGUCGCGCUCUACUCAAAAAUAAGUAGUUUCACGCCAGUUUUAUCUGUAAGAAAUGUUCUGGACAGUUUUUAUCUGUCUAUUUUCUAUUCUGAGAAAUUCUCAACUUAAAUCUGACGUUUGCCGAUUGCCGCAAACGUGAAUCUUAUUCUCUCUUAACUGUACCCUCUAUCAGGGCGCAUUCUUGCUGGCUGUUACUGGUUUUGUAUCCUUAUCUGGGUAUCAACGUACACUGCCAAUCUCGCUGCUUUCUUCACCGUCAAAAAUGCUGAAAGUCCUAUCAACAACCUUGAAGACAUUGUUAAAACGUCCUAUCAAGUAGGAGUGCUCGAUUCUUCCAGCACUUCCAGCUUCUUCGAAUCGAGCAAAUACGAAACACAUCAAAAGAUCUGGCAGAGGAUUGAAAGAGACAAGACCUUAGUUAAGAACUCUGAUGAGGGAGUUAAGAUGGUGCGUGAGAGAGACUUUGUAUUCAUUACAGACGGUCCAUUACUUGAGCAUAUCGUGAACAAACCACCUUGUGAUCUUAAAAUCGGUAGGUAUAAAUAUUGUUAUUGUGUUGUUAAAUGCAGCUAACAAGAUAAACAGCCUUAUUAAGUGGAUGUAGACUAUAACCAAACUAACUGGUAAUUAAUACUCGGGCCAAUGACAUUAAAACAGCAAUUAGAACUCGAACCAAAUACAUUAGUGUAACUAGUGUUUGCCUUUCCCGCAAACAUUGGAGGACCCCGAUAGUUUGCUGUCAGGCUAGAGUUUGCUCCAGAGUACGAGAAGUUUCAGUCAUACUUCUAAAUGUUUUUAGAGUAGCAAGAAAUAGUUCAGCCAGACGCAAAACAACCAAAGUGGAGGGAAAGUAACAACUAAUUUCAAAUUUUUCGUAAGCCACAAAAAAAAAGGAAAGAAAAAGAGCGCGGUGGACGGGCUUAUAGUUUAGAAUGGAAUUUGGUGAGUUACAGCCUAGUCCCUAGGCGUUCUCGGCUCGGUCAAUCCUGGACUCUACCGUGAGCUGUGUCGUCACCGAGAGAUACACGCCCGCUCUUUCCCAGACUUCGCGCGGACAACGGGGCAAGAGAGAACGCCUAGGGACUAGGCUGGGUGUGGUAUUACCUAUUCCCCCGUCCUUACCUUAAAAAUUAAUCGAUAUCUUUGAUUUUGUAGUCCCAGGCUUAAGCACUUCAAAAGGUCUUUCAUUUGCGUUCCCGGCAAAUGAUCCUGCAUUGAACGAGUUCACACUGACUAUUUUACGCUUACAUGAAAACGACUUCUUGGAUGGCCUCAAGCGCAAAUGGUGGGAUGGCGCAAGCAGCUGUCCCAAAGAAGAGGAAACUGGUAGGAAUAUAUUUCUUUCCAGCAUCUAUAUUCCGUAUUUUACUGGCUUAUGUUACUACUUUGCAUAUGCAUUAAUAAUAAUAAUUUAUAAC